CGCGCCGGCCCGAGUGGACGCCUCGACUGCCGCCAUGCAGCUGACGGUGAAAGCACUCCAGGGCCGCGAGUGCAGCCUUCAGGUGUCGGAGGACGAGCUGGUGUCCACGCUGAAACAUCUGGUCUCCGAGAAGCUGAACAUCCCGGUCCGCCAGCAGCGGCUGCUGUUCAAGGGCAAGGUCCUGGCAGAUGGGGAAAGACUCUCCGAUUACAGCAUCGGGCCGAAUUCCAAGCUCAACCUAGUGGUCAAACCUCUGGAGAAGGUGUUGCUGGAAGAAAGCACCGCACGGAAAACGGCCGAGGCCCCAGCCCCACCGCCCGCCGCCUGGCCGCUCAUUUCCAGAAUCCUGGCCCAGCACUUCAGCGCCGCCGAUGCCAGCAGAGUCCUGGAUCAACUCCAGAGGGAUUAUGAGCGGUCCCUGAGCCGCCUGAUGCUGGAUGACAUUGAACGUUUGGCUGGCCGCUUCCUGCACCCCGAAGCGACUGAAGCUAUGGAGAAGGGGUUCUCCAAGUAGGAUUCUCGGAGUGUGGGGAGGAGCCUGGCCAGGCCACAAGCUGCAUGUAGCAUUAAAUGUCUUCUUGUAUUGCAA